AUGGAAGAGCAGCUGGUCCCGCUCUUCCAGGUCGUAAAUGCCAUCCAGAUCGCCUCGAAUCCUUCCGCAGACCAAGCCCUCAAGGCGCAGGCCUUCGACUAUGUCAACCAACUCCGCUCCGAUCCUUCGGGAUGGCAGAUCUGUCUAGCGCUCUUCACCAAGACCCCCCAACACUCCGAAGUCGUGCGCCAUGUGGCUUUGGAGGUUGUCAAUAGUGCCGCGCAGGCCGGUCUGAUUGAUCCCCAGGCCUUGGGGUACGUCCGCGAUGGCUUGAUGGCCUACCUCCGUCAGGUCUACGCCCAGGAGACUGCCACGCCCGACUCCCCCGGCAUCCAGAACAAGAUCGCCCAGACCAUCACCUUCCUCUUCUCCGCGCUGUACGGCAAUGGCUGGGAGUCCUUCUUCGACGACCUCCUCAGCCUCACCUACAAGAGUCCCUCCAGCACCGGUCGUGAUAACGCCCCCGGCAUCGUCUUCUACCUUCGCGUGAUCAACUCCAUCCACGACGAAAUCGGCGACGUCCUCGUUUCCCGCUCCCGCGCCGAACAGGACAAGGCGAACUCGCUCAAGGACUUGAUCCGGAUGAGGGAUAUGCAGAAGAUCGCCGGCUCGUGGCAGGAGAUCCUGUCCGACUGGCGCGAUGGGAACGACAUCAUCGUCGAGAUGGCCCUGAAGGCGGUGGGCAGUUGGGUGAGCUGGAUCGACAUUGGGCUUGUUGUGAACCAGACCAUGCUGGAUCUGCUGUUUCAGCAGCUGGCCCGCGCGCAGAAGGCGGACCUCCGUGCCGGGGAGGACAAGGUGCGUGACGCCGCCGUCGACGUCUUCACGGAGAUUGUCGGCAAGAAAAUGAAGGCCGAGGACAAGGUCGACAUGAUCAUCUUCUUGAACCUGGACACCAUCGUCUCCCAGCUCUCCAACAGUCCCCCGCUCCACGAGAACCGCUUCACCUUCAAGUACGACACCGAUCUGGCCGAGACGGUCGCCAAGCUGGUCAACAUCACCGUCUGCGAUAUCAUCCGCGCCCUCGAGAACGAGUCGACCACCCCCGAGAGCAAGGAGAAGGCUGGUGGCUUGCUGCAGGCCUUCCUUCCGCACAUUCUGAGAUAUUUCUCCGACGAAUACGACGAAGUCUGUUCGACCGUCAUCCCCUGUGUCAGUGAUCUGCUCCAGUACCUGCGCAAGAUCGCCAAGUCGAACCCUGCUCUCGCCGCCCAGCACUCCUCCACCCUCCUCCCGAUCCUGAAGGCGAUCAUCGCCAAGAUGCGGUACGACGAGACCUCGUCCUGGGGUGAUGAGGACGACCAAGCCGACGAGGCUGAGUUCCAGGAGCUCCGCAAGCGAUUGGGGGUGUUGCAGCAGAGCAUUGCAGCCGUCAAUGAGCAGCUUUACAUUGACGCCGUGUCGGAAGUCGUGGGGACUACGUUUGAAAAUCUUCGCCAGUCGGGCGCGCAGGUCGACUGGCGUGACUUGGACCUCGCCCUGCACGAGAUGUUCCUCUUCGGUGAUAUUGCCGUCAAGGCGGGUAGUCUUUACACCAAGGGUGUUCCCAACAACGCGGCAGCGGAGCGCCUCGUCGAGAUGAUGAUGCGCAUGGUCGAAUCUGAUAUCAGGUCGUUCACCCACCCCGCCACGCAGCUUGGAUACAUGGAGAUCUGUGUGCGCUACAGCUCGUUCUUCCUCAACCACACCCAGCUGAUCCCCGGCGUUCUGGAAAGCUUCCUCCAACUCAUCCACCACCCGAUCAAGAAGGUGAAGACCAGAUCGUGGUACCUGUUCCAGCGUCUCGUGAAGCAGCUUCGGGCACAUAUCGGCAACGUCGCCGAGAAUGUCGUGGGGGCGUUGGGCGACCUACUGGUGAUCCGCGCGGAGCUGGCUUCCGAAGGUUCGGACGGCGACGACUCGGAUGAUCAUGAAGGCUCCGUCGAUGCGGUCUUUACCAGCCAGCUUUAUCUGUUCGAGGCGGUCGGCAUCAUUAGCUCGACGCCGACGGUGCCAACGGACAAGCAAGCCCUGUAUGCGCAGUCCGUUUUGAGCCCGGUAUUUGUGGACAUGGAGAAGAACCUCGCCCCUGCCAAGGCCAACGACGAGCGCGCGGUGCAGCAAAUCCACCACGACAUCAUGGCCCUGGGGACGCUGGCCAAGGGAUUUUCCGACUGGGUGCCAGGAACUCAUUCGCCCGCCUCUCUUCCCGCGGCUGAAGUGUCGGAGGUCUUCCUCCAAGCGUCCGAAGCGACGCUGGUCGCCCUCGAGUCGUUGAAAGGGUCGUUCAGCGUGCGAACGGCCGCGCGGUUUGCCUUCUCCCGGCUCAUCGGCGUUCUGGGCUCGCGCAUUCUCCCUCAGCUGCCGCGGUGGAUCGAUGGUCUGAUGACGCAGACGUCGUCUCGGGAUGAGAUGGCGCUCUUCCUGCGUCUGUUGGAUCAGGUGAUCUUUGGCUUCAAGGGCGAGAUCUACGGCAUUUUGGAUGCGCUGUUGACCCCUUUCCUGCAGCGGGUGUUUUCUGGAAUCGCCGAUCCCACGACUGGUACCGACGACGAGAUCCAUCUGGCGGAGUUGAAACGGGAGUAUAUCAAUUUCCUGUUGGCGGUGUUGAACAAUGAUCUGGGCGCGGUGAUCAUCAGUGAGAGAAACCAACCCAUGUUCGACACGGUGAUCACCACGAUCGAACACUUUGCCAAGGACGUAGAAGACUACACCACGGCCAAGAUGGCGUUCUCGCUUCUGUCGAAGAUGGGCAGCUCGUGGGGCGGGCCGGACAUCACCCCGGACGGCGCCAACGGGGCAACGGCGCAGCAGGUGGCGCUCCCGGGUUUCGGACAGUUCAUGAUCACGCGCAUGUCGCCGCUGUGCUGGGCGCUGCCGGCCACGCCGAGCUUCAACUCGAAGGACGCGCAGGCCAAGCAGGUGCUCGCGGAAGCGGGUGGCCUGCAGCGCACGAUCUACGGCAAGACGGGGAUGGAGUAUAUCGAGUACCUCCGGGACCGGGAACUACCCAGCAUGGGCAUGGGAGCGGAGCUGGUGGAAGAGUUCGUGGGUGCUUUAAGCCGGCUGGAUCUGAAGGGGUUCCGGCAGUUCUUCCCAUCCUUUAUCCAGCGAUUGAGCGCAUGA